UGAAGAAGUAGGAGCGGCGGCAGUAUUGCUUGCGAGAGGCAGCCAAGGGUCAUGUGACCGGAAGGGCUCCCGACGGACGCCGUCCCUCCUCGGCGCCGUUUGAGCGCCCCGCCAGACCCCGGCCAUGGGGUGCUGCUACAGCAGCGAGAACGAGGAUUCGGACCAGGACCGAGAGGAGCGAAAGCUGCUGCUGGACCCUGGCAGCCCCCCAACCAAAGCCCUCAAUGGAGCUGAGCCCAACUACCACAGCCUGCCUUCUGCUCGCACAGAUGAGCAGGCCCUGCUCUCCUCCAUCCUCGCUAAGACAGCCAGCAAUAUCAUCGAUGUGUCUGCUGCAGACUCCCAGGGCAUGGAGCAGCAUGAGUACAUGGACCGGGCAAGGCAGUACAGCACCCGCCUGGCUGUGCUGAGCAGCAGCCUGACUCACUGGAAGAAGCUGCCACCGCUGCCAUCGCUCACCAGCCAGCCCCACCAAGUGCUGGCCAGUGAGCCUGUCCCCCUCUCUGACUUGCAGCAGGUCUCCAGGAUAGCUGCCUAUGCCUACAGUGCACUUUCUCAGAUCCGUGUGGAUGCAAAAGAGGAGCUGGUUGUACAGUUUGGGAUCCCAUGAAGAAAGGGGUCCUUGGAUAGCUCUUCUCCUCCUCUCUUCACCCCGACUCCGCCCUGCCUCCCCUGGCCCCAGCCGCACUGUGGCUUACACAGUACCCUAACCUGCUACUAAUCACAGAGAAGGAGGAGGAGGAGGAGGAGAGCAGGGCUGCAAGCCUGAGCAAGUGAGGAUGGGGCAAGGGAGGGUAGGGCCAUUCGGGACUGGCCUUCAGAGCUGCCGGGGGUUGGGGGAGGGCCAAAAGGACAGGUCGCUGAGGGUGUAGGUAUCACUGCAGGAGUGAUCACCAGGGGGCCUGUGGGGCCUCCUUCCCACCCUUUCUCUUGGCCUUGCUACUGUCCACCCUCUCCCUGACUUAGUGCUCACAUGCACCUCACUAGGGUUUCUGACCAGGGUCUGGACAAGCUUGAAUUUGAAUGAAUCGAGUUUGUAUAGCACCCUGGGUUUUUACAUGUUUGGGGUUUUUUUGUUUUUGUUUUUGUUUGUCACCCUCUAUAAAGGAAGUGUAUUCAUCUGUGUGCUGGUUCCAGCCCCUCUGUCCUGCCCACCACCAUUAAUGCUUGCUUCUGGCUACUCAAGUCUGGGCAGCGAGAUGGAUGGGGGUUGGGGUAACACAUUUCCUGGGGGUACUAAGAGGAAUCUAAGAGGUAAGGGUUCAGGGUUCCCAGAUCUUAAAGUUGAGUCUUGGCCUGGGCUAACCUCAAAUUGAAUGAUUGGUCCCUUCUCCAGUGAUGGGAACACUGUCAAAGCUGAAUAAACCUGAAUCUGAAGCAAC